CUCUCUAAAACCCUACUCACCUCUCUCUCUCCAGCAUCGCUCGUCGUUAAUUUCCGAUUCAAUUUUGUCUUUCCGGCGAUAAGUUCUUCAUCUUUCAUCUGUAAAAUGGCCAAAUACGGGGAAGGUGACAAGAGAUGGAUUGUGGAAGAUAGAGCAGACGGCACCAAUGUUCAUAACUGGCAUUGGGCAGAGACCAAUUGUCUUGACUGGUCCAAAAAUCUUCUAACCAAGCUCCUCUCCGAUCAAACUUUGCUCGACGGCGAAGGUAAUCUUCGUAUCAAAACCAAAAAGAUCGAUAAACUCAACGGUGAGGCGUACGUUAACAUUCGUAAAGGGAAAAUCAUCCCUGGUUACGAGAUUAGCGUAACUCUAUCAUGGGAAGGUGAAGCGAAGGAUGCUGAGGGUAAAACUCUUCUAAUUACAAACGGAACUGUUGAGAUCCCGUAUAUCGCCGACGAGAAUGCCGAUGAAGAUCCUGAAAUCAGGGUUACAAUUAAGGAUGAGGGUCCGAUUGGGAAGAGAUUGAAGGAGGCGUUUUUGCUAAAAGGGAAACCAUUCGUGCUUGAACAAGUUCGGGUUUAUGUUGACGCCAUGGCUAAGGGUGGACCUGCAAAGGAUGAUUUGGAGGUGAAGAGUAAGAAGAAGGUAACAGGGAUGGAAACAGCUACUAAGUCGGCUGUUGUGGCGGCUCCAACAAAGAAGGUAAAGAAGCUAAAGGAAGGUUUCAAGACGAUUACAAUGAGUGAGAAGUUUAGUUGCAGAUCGAAAGAUCUAUUUGAGAUAUUGAUGGAUGAAAAUAGAUGGAAAGGGUUUUCUCAAAGUAAUGCUAAGAUCAGUAAGGAGAUUGGUGGGAGUUUUAGUAUAUUUGAUGGGUCAGUGACAGGGACUAAUGUUGAGUUGGAAGAAGGGAAAUUGAUUGUUCAGAAAUGGAGAUUUGGAAGUUGGGCUGAUGGAAUACUAUCAACUGUGCGUUUGACAUUGGAGGAGACAGAACCAGGGAUAACAGUAGUGAAUUUGAUUCAUACAGAUGUUCCUGAAGAAGACAGAUAUGGGAAUGCAACAGUGGUGGAGAACACAGAAAGAGGAUGGAAGGAUCUGAUUUUUCAUAAGAUUCGAGCUGUUUUUGGAUUUGGAAUAUAACAAGUGUUUCAACAAUAGUAUACAACAACAACUGCUGCAAUUGCUUCUUCUUCUUAUUUUUCUUACAAUCCAAUGUGAUUGAUUGAUUGAUCAUCCUAUGAUUCAAUGUCUUGUUUCUAUUGAUAACAGUAAACAAGGUGAAGAUGAUGUUUGUUGCAAAUUGGUGAAGACUUUGUUUGUUCAUCUCAAAUGUGAGUUUUACAUUGUUAUGCAGACAUUUGAAACAUGGUUAACUAUCAUAUGAUCAUUUGUCAAUAUAAAAACUUUAGCCAGUUUGCUUUU